AUGAUAAUGGAGGUCAAGGAUAUAGACAAGUACUGUAACCGAGGCAUCCACCCAAAUGCAUCUAAUUUCCUUACUGCUCCAUUCGACGGACUCUGUCUACAGGAAUUCUUUUUCCAACUCCAAGGAUCACUACGGAGGUUCAGUUCUUGGGAAGAAGUUCUGUAUACCACAGUCUACAUCAUAAUUUCCGUGACCGCAGUAGUCGGAAAUGGUUUGGUGAUUCUGGCAGUUAUCAGAAAGAAGGCAAUGAGAACGAACCGAAAUGUUUUGAUUCUCAAUCUUGCAUUAUCCAACUUGAUUCUCGCUAUCACCAAUAUUCCGUUCCUCUGGCUUCCGUCGAUUGACUUUGAAUUUCCGUACUCUCGAUUCUUCUGCAAAUUCGCAAAUGUGCUACCAGGAAGUAACAUCUACUGCUCUACACUGACCAUUUCAGUUAUGGCUAUUGAUAGAUACUACUCAGUGAAGAAGCUGAAAAUCGCAUCAAACCGUAAGCAGUGCCUGCACGCUAUUUUGGUUUCGGUAGCUAUCUGGAUUGUCUCAUUCAUUCUAUCACUGCCACUUCUUCUCUACUACGAGACUUCAAUGCUCUAUGUGAUGAGAGAAAUACGAGUGAUGGAUCAAACAGGACAGGAAGUCAUCAGAAGCUAUGGUUGGAGACAGUGUCGUUUAGUAUCUGCUGGAAGACUUCCAGACAUCACUCAGAGCAUUCAACUGCUCAUGUCGAUUCUUCAAGUGGUGUUCUUGUACAUCGUUCCACUUUUCGUUCUCUCUAUCUUCAAUGUAAAACUUACUCGUUUCUUGAAAACCAAUGCCAACAAAAUGAGCAAGACUCGUGCUCCACCAAAGUCAUCUGACAGUCAACAAAACUCAUUGAAAAACAACAACAACAAUAACUCCACCCUUCGGUCACCGACAAUUUCAACCAACAGGAACUCGAUUGUGGAGAGAAACACAACAAACAAAAGGACCAGCAGAACAACUUCACUUUUGAUUGCAAUGGCCGGAAGCUACGCUGCUCUUUGGUUCCCAUUCACUCUUAUCACCUUCCUCAUCGACUUUGAGCUCGUUAACAAUCAAGAAUACGUGAACUUGGUGGAACGAAUUGACCAAACAUGCAAAAUGGUAUCGAUGCUUUCGAUUUGUGUCAACCCGAUUCUCUACGGAUACCUGAACACCAACUUCCGCCACGAGUUCUCUGAUAUCUACUAUCGCUACCUAAGAUGCGAAACUAAGAACCAACCGGCAGGAAGGUUCCAACACGAUGUUUCCUCAAUUGCUCAUCACAGACAAGACUCUGUUUAUAACGAUGAUGCAACUCUUUUGACCACAGGGCGGCAAAGUAUUGCCAAGGAAAACAGCUCUUCUCCAAAAGGAUUCCGAGCGAGUAUCCGAGUUUGUUCCUCCCAGUCAAAGAUGUUGGGAGACCGAAUUGUGCUGGAUGACGACAUCGAGAAGGACAGCUUCGUUUGA